GCGGCGGCGGGGCGGGGCGGAUCACUUCGGGAAGAUGGCGCUGUGUGUGCUGCGGAACGCCGUACGCGGAGCGGCGGCGCUGCCCAGGCUGAAGGCAUCUCUUGUGUCCAGUAUCUGCAGACCUGGGUACAGCUCCUUGUCCAAUCACAAGUAUAUUCCUCGGAGGGCAGUGCUGUAUGUGCCUGGGAAUGACGAAAAGAAAAUAAGGAAAGUUCCAUCCCUGAAAGUGGAUUGUGCGGUGCUGGACUGCGAGGAUGGUGUGGCUGAAAACAAAAAGGAUGAAGCUCGGUUGAGAAUAGUAAGAACUCUUGAAGACUUUGACCUGGGCCCGACAGAAAAGUGUGUGAGAAUCAACUCGGUGUCUAGUGGUCUGGCUGAAGCUGACUUAGAGACAAUUCUGCAGGCCCGAGUUCUUCCCUCUAGUAUGAUGCUACCAAAGGUGGAAGGUCCUGAAGAAAUCCAGUGGCACUCAGGAGAUAGAGACAGGAAGAUCAGAAGUUCAAGAUCAUCCUGAAGUACAUAGCACAUUUGAGGCCAGCCUGGGCUACAUGAGAUCCUGACUCAAGAAAGAAGGAGAGAAGAAGGAAUUGUAAAAAGCGAGUGAUACAAUCAUUUCCUUCCCUAAGAAUCUAGCUUUCCCCAACAUGUUUCCCAGAAGAGCUCUCCUUUGGAAACUGCUUUUGCUUUCUGAUUGGAUUUGUGGUCAGAGCGGCUGCCUCAGUAGUCCUCACACAUCAGUCCCUGGACACUAACUUGCCUGAGCAUCCACCCUGCCACUGGGAAGCCAGGGCUUGUACUGAAGAGCCAUGACGUAGAUGGUUGUGGC